ACACUACAUGAGGCUAUGAGCAGCCAAACUCUGGGUAGUCUCCCUGGAACCGCCAAGUUUAAAACGUGGCAAGGAGUUAGUGACUUCGGGCGAGUGUCUCUGCAGGAGGUGAAGUCCAUCACGACAGGCGAGGCGCACGACGCUGGGCUGACAGGCUGAGGACGAGAGGACGGCACAGAAGGCCCCGCGACGAGAGGUGAAAGGGAGAGUCACUAACCACACUGAAGUCAACAACGCUUGAUUCACAGUUGAGUGAGAGUGGUUAACGUUCCGAGGCAGCGUCACUUUGUCACACCCCACACCCUUUACCGACCCUUCCUUCACCUACUUCACUGGGUGUCCUUCGCGGAGGAUAAAGGGAAUCUCCCAGUCUUCUCUGAGAAAUAGAAGUUUAGCAGCAACUUCCAGUCUCUUGGUGCUCUUUGAAAUAGAAGCGCACCCCUCUAAGUCCCUGCCAGAGCGCCCAGCAGCGCCAUGGUCAAGUCUAGGAUAGUCAGAGACUAACACCUGUAGCACUAACGCCACCUCCGUUCGCGUUGAAUACUGCAGCGAGAAGUAGCAGGAUGACACGAAUGGGCGUCAGACUACUGCUGGUGACUGUACCGUGGCUCACCCUCUUCACCAGCCUCGCUGAGGGAGAGCGGAGACCAGCGGUACGCAGCGGCCAGGGAGAAUGCGAGCGGAAGGAGGUGCAGGUGCGGCCCGGCCAAGAGGAGUGGCUGGUCUCCCCGGGACACGCGUGGCCGGGGGUCGCCGACGGGUCGCAAAAGACGUGCCUGUGGAAGGUUAAGGCUCCCCCAGGUCACGGUGUGAUGGUGGAGCUUGUCCGUCUGAGGCUUCGUCGUUCCCGCCGCUGCUCCGCCUCUCGCGUGGAGGUGGUGCCGGCGGGUUCUGUCACUCGUGCCCGCACCCGCCCGCUCGCUAGGUUCUGUGGACGGAUCCCCAAAACAAGGGUGUGGAGGACAACAUUUUCAGAAGUUAACAUCGAAUACAAGAAAGGCAAGAAUGUCCGGGGACGAAGGCGGCAGGCAGACCGCCCAGGGCCUCAUUCUGGCAGCAGGGAGAACGCCGCCGCCUCGUCCUCCAGGAGCCAAGCAGCACGCGACCGCGCUGAGAGACUCAAGCGCAUCAAAGCCCUUUACGAACUCUAUAAGAUAAGGAACAGGCAGAAUAUGUUGUCGCAGCGGCACAGAAGUCAAGAACCACAGUCUGACAGCAGCAGAUAUUACCAGCGCAGCAGAGCCUAUGAGUCUUCUGGUAGCCGCCGGUUUUACAGACAUCUGAACGAUAUGGAUAUGGAUGAAGAUAAUUCUACCCGCAUUGACAACGAUGACUUGUUGCUUGAUGGCGACCGUUUCAUAUACGAUCUGGACAGCAAUACUUACGGCGCCACGACUGUGCGCAGGCAUUCCAUCGACGUGAGGCUCCUUGGAUUAGGAGAGCCUGCCUGGUUUAAUUCAGACUUUGUCAUUCACAGCGAAGGAAAUGAGACUGAUCCUCAACUGGAACAUUACCUAGAGGACAAUGAAUUAGAACGCGAGUUGAGCCUGCAGUCACGCCGCAAUGCCUCAGAGGAAGCCAGCAGCCAAGACCUCACUAACCUUAUCUCGGAGUCUGGGGAUGAGCCACUGGAAAGACACCGGAGAUCUCCCAGACGCCACCACGAUACUGACGCUUCCCAAACAUCUCGCCGGCAGCAGUAUCGCGUCUCACUAAAGAACCACCUGAGGCACUCUUCGAACUCUCGCGGCCGUAACGAAAUUAUUCCCAACAAGCCCACGAAACCAACACACGGUGGGUUCAAUGACUACAAGAAGAUUGGAUACGGAAACUCUAAAGUAUCAUUGGAGACGCACAGCAGAAGAGGCCACCGCAACAGGCUCGAAGGUGGCAGGAGGAGGAAGAAGGAUGAAUAUUUUGUGAUCAAGGUGUCCACUUUUCAAACUGGAUGUGGAGGACAAGUGGAUGAUGCUAGCGGCUGGUUUGCUAAUCCAGACUACCCAUAUAAAACCAGCGAGAAGGGCUCCUGUUCUUGGAGGUUCAAGACGCCCAUGAGGAGUCACUGGAAGCUGGUCUGCAAGGACUUCGUGAUUCGGAAGUCACGCGACUGUCGCCGUGACCACCUGGCCAUCAGGAUCAACGAGGCACACUGGUCCAGGUACUGCGGGCGAGAGGGUCCCAGCCUGGCCCUCACCUCCUCCCAUCACGCAUCAGUGGACGUGGUCCUGAACACCUUCAGGAAUCGCUCCGCUAGAGUGAUGUGUACUUGGGAAACUACACUCAUAGACGGCAGAUCCGGUCAUUGGGACGAGAUGCGUGACAGGUACUGGUGGUAUAACUUAACGGUGGCCAGCCCUACCACCACCACUACCACCACAACUACCACCACCACCACCACUACCACCACGCCGCCACCGCGGAUAGUCCCUCAAGGAAGGAGUUGCAACGACUACAUCCACUUGACCACGCAACACACCAUGUGCAAGUCAACGCCCAGCUCGUGUUCCAUAUACCAGGAAGGAGUGAGAGGCAGCGACAGGCAGGCCAUCCUGGAGUCUCACAACAAAUACCGCGCCAAGGUAGCCCGCGGAGAGGAAGGCCAAGGGUUGCCUGGGCCGCAAUACUCUGCUGCCGACAUGCAGCAGCUGGUCUGGAAUGAGGAGCUGGCGCGGGUGGCUCAGGCGUGGGCCUCUGCCUGCCCAGAUUACCACGACUGUCACGACUGUCGCAAGCUGAUAUCCAGAGACUACUACGUUGGCCAGAACAUCUUCUAUGAGUGGAGCAGUACCAAUGCUGGCUCUGUGUGGGACACUGCGGUCAGACUUUGGUACGAAGAGGUCAAGUACGUGCCCAACUACCUCACUAAGAGAUUCGUUUCCAUGGACCACGCCGUGAUCGGCCACUACACGCAGCUGGUGUGGGCCGAGACACGGGAGGUGGGCUGCGGCGCCGCCUACCACGACUGUUCCAAGGUCUUCAAGGGAAAGUCUUGGAAACUUAAAUGCAAGAUAUAUGUCUGCAAUUAUGGUCCAACCGGCAACUUCCUCGAUAAGCCCAUGUACACCAUCGGGCCCGCUGCUUCAGCCUGUCCGCAAGGCUCGCGUCCGUCAGUCCAGUACCCGGGCCUUUGCAACUCGCACUGAGCCAGUGCCAAGCUUCUCCACAGCACCUCGUCGUGAACAUGUACUGAAGACUGCGUCGGACGACACCCGACUGCAUUGCUGACGUACUGAAGAGCUCUAGGAUAUAGGGAAGGCAAACCCAUACAACUGUACCUGUUAGAACUAUGACAUUUGAGUCUGGGUUAAGCAGAAUGGUUAGGCUCGUCUGAAAAGUUCCUCGUUCACUGAGUGUUGAAGCGGCAUCUCAUUGGUGGGUGAGUGGCGAGGCCGAGUGAAUGUAUAAUCGUUUCCAAUGCCCGCACUGCGCCGGCCUGCCUCGGUGGGCAUUAGGCAGUGUUUACUGGAGCGAAUGUUACCCCGUCUCCCUUUUGAACUUCACACUACGUCGUACGCUACUUCUUACUGUUAAUCUGACUCAUCGCCAGAUCAGCUGCAAUAUCUAUCAAUUUGUGGGGCAAGAAAAAAGUUUUCCUGUCAAAAAGUGCAAUUUUUUCGUAACUUUUAUUUUUCUGAUAUCACAAACUAUAAUGCGUUCUGGGAAAGAAGCGCAUAUAGAUUCAACGAAUUAUUCGACAAAUGUAAAGAUGUAUUAUUUUGUUGGUAAUUUAUGAAACAAGAAAAUUUACUGCUAGACAUUAAGCACACACAAAUGUGCGUUUUCAGUGUAAAUGAGUGUUGCCUGACUUGUUGAUCUGACAGUGUCCUCCAAGUUACUGAAGCUGUGAUAUCUGGGUCAUUGCGAUGAGAAAACAGAAGACGUGUGUCAGAGGGAGGACCAACAGGAGGCUGGCUCUGCGCAGCGACCUGACGCCUCAGCGUCGGGCGUGAACCAAGGACGAAGGUGACGCGGUGCUAGCGGGCCAGGAGGAAGUCAACAGGAACUUUAUGGCGUAUAAUAUAUUUCUUAAUAUUUAUUUAUGGUAUGUAGGUAUUUCCUUCUGGUUGUGGUCCAUGAUUGCGGCCAUACCGCUUGUAAUAUAUGUAUAGUUUUUUGUCACAUUUUAAUGCAUUGAGAGUGGGUUACCCACAUUACAUGUUACGAAGACUCGAGAGGAGUUUACAUAUUGGUAAUAGUUGGAGUGACACCAGUGAUCACUACCAGACAGUGGAUGCGGCCUGUAUACUCGUACACCGUUGUGACGUAUUUAUAUUCUGUUUUGUGUCCGUUAUGGGUUAUGUGUCGGUGAAUAAUACGCCUUUACUAACAAGUGCUUCAUAUCACAAAUGGUCACGAAAUGUCAGUAAGAUAAAGUGUAUCUAUUGGCUUUAACAAAUAGUAUCUUGUUUUCAUUCCAAUUCAUCGUAACCAUCUCAUAUAAAAGAACGUCUUGUACUUUUAUCCGAUUCUGAUCCUAGUACGUUAUGUCAACCCUGAAGUGGCCACGUCUGAAGUGCACACAUUAGAUUCUGAUAUGAUGGUCUCACGUAAGGGAAAUGGUGAAUAGCUCUCAUUUCCUGUGUUUUUGCAUGCUCCAGGGUGGCCUGGUUCCACUGUACCACUCCCGCUGAGGCGAAUCACCGUCUCUGUUCACGCCGCUCAAAAGACACUGAAAAUUCUUGGGUCUGACUUAGUCCACGGACGUCUCCUGAGAGCUGCUAAGGAAAUUGCCAGCUCCUAGUCAGUAUUAGAUAUAAGUUUGUAUAAUAAAUUUUUUUGACCAGAUAAAA